CAGCAGCCCCAAACAGGAACUUGGGCCAGCCCCGUCCUUGCCGCCGCCACUCUACUCUAAACGCCUUGCUGUUACCGCUGCUGGUGCACCAUCUGCCCACCGAACACCCACUGUGUGGCAUCUUUAGCUUCUGAUUCCACUGCGCUACGCCCCUGUAACUUGGAAUCUUUCCCUGCCUGUAGCACCCGUAGCCAGGCGCCCGUCGAAAGAUGUUGGGUGCCGAUCAUUCAUGCCCGUCUGCCCACCCACGCUUCAUUUUUAUUUCUUAUUUUAUUUUAUUUCUUUCAAUUAAUUGCUCUUUCUUUCUUUUUUUGCUUGCCCGUUCUGCCGGAACGUUUCUUACCCUGCCGCUCCGUGUUAUUUCACUGCCAUACUUCUGACACUUCUCCCCCUCUCAUCCUCUCAUCCUCUUACACCUCCACAUCUCCUCCUCCUCCAACAACGUCACUCGUUUCCUUGUCCUCCCUCGGUUUCUUUCCUUUUGGCCUCCUCGUCUUGGCUUUUCUCUUCUCAUAUAUCUACUGUUUCGUCCCUUGCUUUUUGAAUUUUGCUUCCCAAUCCGCCUCAUUCCGAUAUACAACGGAUUGAGCCUGUGGCAUACUUCUUCAUUCUCUUCCUUCUCUUUACUACCACUUCCAAACUAGCAGAACAUCAGCGUUGAUCGCCUUGUUCUACUAUUGCUUUCUUCUUCUUUAUACACUCUUUCUUACAAACAGCAUUAUCCGAAGCCGAGCUUCCACCUUCUUUUUGGCAUUCAUCCAUCUUUGCUUUUGCUUAUACGACCAAGACUACGAUACGAUUUGACACGACAACCACAGACAAACUAUACCAACUCACAUUAUAAAAAACAACAAUUCAAAAUGAAAUCAUUCAUUGCGUCUGUCGCCCUGGUCCUUGGCCUGGCGUCUGCUAGUCCUGUUGUCAUCAACUCUAGCAUCACCCCCGCCAACAAGGGCAUGGACCUGCCCAUCAUCAACGCCAAUGCAACUGGCAUCAUCCCCAACCGCUACAUCGUCGUCUACAAUGGCACCUUCAACCACUCCGAGAUCGAUGCCAAGGAGGCCUUAUUCGCAGCUUCCAUCCAAAAGCGCAACCUCAAUAAGCGAGGCCUUGCCGGCCUCCCCCUCUCCACCUCCAUGAAGUCCUUCAAGCUCAACGACUGGAGAGCUUCCGCCCUCGACGCCGACGAUGACCUUAUCCGCGAAAUCUUCAACCACGACGAAGUUGCCUACAUUGAGGCUGAUACCAAGGUUAGCAUCAACGCUGCUGUUGGUCAGGUCAACGCCCCUCCCGGCCUCAAGCGUCUUUCUUCCACCAAGCCCGGUGCCAAUAGCUACAUCUUUGACGACUCUGCCGGCAAGGGUAUCACAGCUUACGUCGUCGAUACCGGUGUCCGCGUUACACACGAGGACUUUGAAGGCCGUGCUGUCUUUGGCGCCAACUUUGUUAACAAGAUUGAUACGGAUGAAAACGGUCAUGGCAGCCACGUUGCUGGCACCAUUGGAGGUGCCAAGUUUGGUGUCGCCAAAAAGGUCAACAUUGUUGCUGUCAAGGUUCUUGGUGCCGAUGGUGGUGGCCAAAACUCCAACGUUCUCGACGGCAUGCAGUUUGUCAUCAACGACGUCCAGAAGCGCGGCAUUAAGGGCAAGGCCGUUAUGAACAUGUCUCUUGGUGGUGCCUUUUCCAAGGCCGUUAACAAGGCUAUCGAGAACCUCAACCAAGCUGGUGUUGUCCCUGUUGUUGCUGCCGGUAACGAAAACCAAGAUACUGCCAACACCUCACCUGGAUCAGCACCCAACGCCAUUACUGUCGGUGCUAUUGACGCCACCAACGAUAACCGCGCUUCCUUCUCCAACUUUGGCAAGUCGGUUGACAUCUACGCCCCUGGUGUCAAGGUCCUCAGUGUUGGCAUCAAGUCCGACACCGACACCAAGGUCCUCAGCGGCACCAGCAUGGCCAGCCCCCAUGUUGCUGGUCUUGCUGCCUACUUGAUGGCUCUCGAUGGCCUCACUUCGGCUACCGACGUCGACAAGGCCAUCAAGGCUGCUGCUCAGAAGACUGGUGCCAAGGUCAUCAACAAUGCUCAGGGAACCACCAGCCUCAUCGCCAACAACGAGACUCCUUAGGUUUCAACGCCGACGAUAUAGAGCCUAUCCACGGGCACAUUGUGCAAGCUGUAUAUACAUUACUUUCACGGGGAUCGGACGUGGUAGGACACCAAGGGUAGAACAAGAAUUUCAUUUCAGACUUAUAUAGAUCUUCUAUUCUUCAUCUUCAAGAAAAACGCCUUUUGGCAUUUUCAUUUACACUAGGAGUUCACUCAUGGGACAUAUUAAACGGUUACUAAAAAGAUUCAUAACCAAGAAAUGUAUGCUUUCCCGCGCUGCAAAAUCAGAGUUUCAGGUUCUGAUCCAGCAACACUGCUCAGACUCUAACGAUUAGACGUAAGCAAUUGAUAUAAGCACUUCUUCGGCACAACCACAGUCAUGAAAGGACUAGAUUGCAAUUUGACAUCCGUGCUAAGAGAAGAGAAAACAUUCAAAACCACGGCAGAACGCGAUCAAAGGGUGAAAAAGGGGGUAGUCAUUAUCAGUAAUAAAAGAUGGUAGUAAUGCGCAGCGGGUGCGAUCCUGACGCACUGUCGCCUGCUCAGACGCUGAAAUACAUGUCGGCUGUUGAUCGAGAAAAAGAUUAAAUAUGAUACGUGUCAAACCAAUAUAACGCGAAAAAUAAAAGGGUGGGAAUCGUAAUGGUGAUUACAGCUCGUCGUGGCCGCCAAUGAGCUUCUUGAAGCCGGUGAUUCGGAGGAUGUCGGCGUAGGUGCCGCUGAAGUCGGCGCCAAAGGCCCAAGCGAGACCAACCUGUAACAUCAUGUUAGGAAACGAAUUGGCUUUUGAUAAUGAACAACACAUACCAUGAGCGCGGUCAAUGCGGUCAGCGAGAUUGCCACAAUGAAGAACAUGACAGCACCCUCUCCAGGGUCCGUCGGCGACUGCUCCGACUGCUUCUUGUUGUUGAUCUCGGUGAGCUUGGUGGGGUCCUGGCGGGGGUAUAAUGUCUCAAUAAAUUGCUCAAUCUAAGAAGUACAAGUUAAUAAGCCUGUUCAACUGGAUCUGUUGUAUCAGUUUAUACCUUGGCGCAUCGUCCGCUGAUGGCGAGGAAGUUGGGGUCGCGCGGGUCGUUCUUCUUGUGAAUGCGACGGACAUACUUGCGGAAGACCUCGCAGACAAGGAACAAGUUUUGUGUCGACUGCAUCAUGAUCUCGCAGGCAUCGCCCUUUGUGAUCUUGACGUUCUUCUUGAGCACAUCGGGGUUGCGGAAUGUCAAUUCCAGCGUAGCGAUGGCCAUGGUUUGGGGAAUGGCAACAAAGUUGAAGCAGCUUUGGUCGCGCAUACCAGCCAUGUAGAAGAUGCACUCUUCAACAUGCUUGAGAGCAUCCAAAACCAUGUGGGAGAUACAGUUGAGAGCCUUGUCCUGCUUGCUGGGUUCAAACAGAUCCUCCCACUUGUCGACGUGCUGGCUCCAAAUCUCCUUGGGGUACCAGCGACGGCCGUCCUCCCAAUCCUCAUGAAUAUCACGGAUGAUGUUGGUCUUUUGCAGGAACUGGCCCAUGGACUCGGUCAAUGAGGGACGCUCAGCCAGCUUAGGAUUGGCAAGCUCUGAUGCAACAAAGAGACGGGUAAGACCCUCGCCGACAAGGCCAGCGACGUAGUGGCAGUAGAGCUCGUACUCCUCGAUGGUCUGAAUACCGUUCUCAAUCAUCUCCAUGUUGGAAACGUAGUCAGCCAUGCCAUUGCCCAUGCGAAUGGUCAUGUCCUUGAUAAUCUCGUAAUAUUGCGGCUUGAGCUUCUUAAGCUCGGUGAUAACGACGUCGAAGCUUUCGAGGAGAGCACGGUCCUUUUCCUUGCUCUCGUGGAACUGCCAGCCGUCAAUCUCCAUGGAGUUGUGGAAUUCUCGCAGCAGCGGGGUCUUCUUCUCAAGUGGAAUCGUCAUGUCAUCUUCAAUUGUAUCGAGACCGCGCAGGACGAGGUAGAAGAGUGUGAUAGGGACGAGGAGUUCGUGGUUAAGCUCUUGGAUGACGGUAGCAAAACUGCGGCUAGUCAAGUUGAGGAAGCGGAAGCACUCCUUAAGCUCGGGG